AUACGCCAAUGGUCUCUUGACAUCAAGACACAGGACUGGUUCCCCUGCAAUUUGAUGCGGUCAUACACUGAUAAUUGGCCUGAUGCACCACCAUUCAUUCGUCCUUAGUUUCGCAGGAAUAGCGAGACCAGAAUGUGACUUGAAUGGGAUUGGUUGCGGCGUUCGCUGGUUCUAGUGGUCUUGAUAUCAUCCAUGCUACUUGCAUUACAGUUCUGUGGGCUCCAGUUUGAUUUUCUAGAAAGGCCAAUGACGGAAGACCAUACAAACUGACCAAAGCGGAAGUAGCAUGAAUGUGGUGCCUAGGAGAGCGGCCGCAGGAAAACGUUUCCUAAUAGCGAAUCAGAGCCCUGCACAAGUCUUGGACGGCCAUUGUGAUUCGCUCUUGUUCAUGUUUAAUGCGACGGUGUGUUGCCCUCCAAUAGACUUUUGGUGGCACAGUUAAACGCCUGCAACGAGCUGAAGGUGACAGUAGUGUCAAGGACAAU